AUGUGCAAGUCGGACUACGCUAAGCAGCUGCGGGCGACAUCCGAUCAGGAGCGCUCGACCACGGGGAAUGCAACGGGCGGAUCAAACCGUGCCUCCACGUCCACGGUGGAAGCGCCGCCCGUGCGUCGCUCCCGGCAGAGAGAUAUCCGUGACAUGACGGACCAAGUUGCGCAUAAUCGACUUGAUUACCUGUGGGCUGCUGCGGUGGCCGAGAACGACCUCGCCUUCAACGUGUCUAAGUCGAAAUCGAUGCAGGCGUUCGUCGACGCGGCGAUCAUGUACGCGAAACCGUACACCCUCCCAACCCCGUACAAGGUAUCCGGCCCGCUGCUAGACAAGCUGAAGGCGGACUCCGAGGACCUGCUGCGGCCGCUGAAGGAUAGCUGGAAGACCAGCGGGUGCUCGCUCUCCGUCGAUGGAUGGACGGACAUCAAAUCCCGCGGUUUUGUGUGUGUCAUCGCACAAAACGACACUGCACCCGUCAUCGUCGACAUCGUCGACUCGAAGACCGCCAAAAAAACCGGGGACUACUUGGCAACGCUUAUUCAGGGAGCGAUCACCACGGUGGGGCCGAAGCAUGUCGUCCAAGUCGUCAUGGAUAACGCUUCGAACAACAAAAACGCCGCCAGCAAGUUAAGCGCGGAUUAUCCCCACAUUUUCUUCACCAACUGCGCUGCCCACUGCCUCGACUUGAUGUUGCACGACAUCGGCAAGAUCCCUGCGGUGAAACUCGUCCUUUCCCAAGUGCACCAGGUCGUUAUGAUUAUCAAAGGCUCCGCGUCGGCCGUGGUCUUGUUCCGUGAGCUUUUUACCAAGCUCUCGUUGGUGCGGCCUGGUGCAACGAGAUUUGGCACCCAGGUCAUCAUGCUCGGCAGGUUCCUGGAGGUGAAGCGCGCGUUGAGGGCGAUGGUAAUCAGCGAGGAAUGGGAGGAUGUAGCUGUGGCAAAGGCGGAGGAGGGGAUGGAGGUUAGGAAGCUACUGUUGGACGACGUUUUUUGGGACUGUGGGACGGCCGUGCACCGCCUCAUGACUCCCAUCUACGAGGUUCUUCGCGCGGUCGACACAGGGGCUCAAGUCAUGGGGCAGCUGUACGGCCUCAUGCUUGAAGCCACGGUGAAGACUAAUGCGGCUGCUGAGACGGCUGCCGCACACUUCAUCAAGCGGACGGGUCUGCUGUUGCCGAAGGAUAAGAGCUCCUUUCUCACCUCCAUCAAGGCGAUCAUUGCAAGGAGGUGGGACGCACAACUGCACAACCCCCUGCACGCCAUCGGUUGGCUCCUCAACCCCCGUAACCAGUACAUUGGGGAGGUAAGGAAUGAUAAGGAGAUUAGGAAGGGGGUGGAUGAGGUGAUCCGGGCCCGUGGCGGGGAUGUGCAGCAGCGCAUAACGCUAGCUGCACAGGUGGCUCAGUUUCACCGAGGGGAGGGCAGGUUGGGCUCUGACGAUGCCCGUUGGGCAGCAACUACCUUGGUGGAGGCGGGGCGCAUGACGGAGGCAGAAUGGUGUCACCUCCUCCGAGGUGGAGAGGUCUGGUCGGCGCUGGCACGUGUGCAGAGGCGCGACCGGAACCGCCUCACGGCGAAGAAGAUGACUGACGUCACCUUCGUCGCCUUCACACGGCGUGCCCGUGAUUCCUUCGAUCGAAAGGCAGCCCUGCGUUCCAAGCUCUAUCAGGACCUGGGCAACGGCACCCUCAGGGAAGGGGCUGCCAUCCCCGUGGAGGCGGAAGUGGAGGUGGAGGAAGGGGAUGCGGAGGAGGAGGCACCCGUGGAGGAGGAAUGCACCAUUGAUUGGUCGGAAUUUGGGAGCAUCGGCAAGAAGAGGAAAGGGAAGGCGGCGACGGUUCAAGUGGAGGAGGAGGAGGAGGAGGAGGAAGAGGAUGACGAGGAGUAUGACGGUUAG